UGACAGGCCAGCCUACUUUUCCUUUCCUUUCCUUUCCUUCUUUUUUGAAAUAGCCGCGUCACGUGACCGGGCGCAGUAGUAGUAAGACAGGUGUCUUCUUGGGUUCACUCUCAGUGAGGGGCUGCCGGCGAAGAGCAGGAGGAGGAGGAGGAGGAGGAGAGUCGCUCGCGCUGGCUGUGGAUUGUAGUUGCCGAGCUUUGCCGCCGUCAUUCAGGAGCUGGAUGGCGUGGGACAUGUGCAACCAGGACUCGGCGUGGAGUGACUUCGAGGUAGGCCUUGGACUGUUACAGCUCUGUACCCUUUCAAAGAAUAGGAAGAAAGGAACUGAUACGUCAAAGACUCACCUUCCAACCCUGAAGUUUCCCUUCCUCUUCACCAAUUGUUUGAUUGCCUGCAUUGUCCUGCUUGGCCAGAGAAAGAGGAAUGUGUGCCGCGUUGGUUGGUGAAGACCAGCCUCUUUGCCCAGAUCUUCCUGAACUUGACCUCUCUGAAUUAGAUGUGAAUGACUUGGAUGCCGACAGUUUUCUGGGUGGACUCAAAUGGUACAGCGACCAAUCAGAAAUAAUUUCCAAUCAGUAUGCCAAUGAAUCAUCAAACAUAUUUGAGAAGAUAGAUGAAGAGAAUGAAGCAAACUUGCUAGCAGUACUCACAGAGACAUUGGACAGUAUCCCUGUGGAUGAAGAUGGAUUGCCUUCAUUUGAUGCACUGACAGAUGGAGAUGUGACCAACGAAAAUGAUACUAGCCCUUCACCAAUGCCUGACGGCACCCCUCCAGUUCAGGAGGCAGAAGAGCCGUCUCUACUUAAGAAGCUCCUGUUGGCACCAGCUAACAUCCAGCUAAAUUACAAUGAAUGCAGUGGCCUCAGCACACACAACCAUGCAAAUGCCAAUCACAGGAUCAGAACAAGCCCUGUGGUGGUUAAGACUGAGAAUUCAUGGAGCAAUAAGACAAAGAACAUUUGUCAACCACAAAAGCCGCAAAGGCGUCCCUGCUCUGAGCUUCUCAAGUAUCUGACUACCAAUGAAGACCCUCCACAGACCAAACCAACAGAGAACAGGAACAACAGCAGAGACAAAUGCACCUCUAAAAAGAAGGCGCUUUUGCACUCUCAGACGCAUCAUUUGCAAGCCAAACCAAUGAGUUUAUCGCUUCCUUUGACGCCCGAGUCACCAAAUGAUCCCAAGGGUUCCCCAUUUGAGAACAAGACUAUUGAACAAACUUUAAGUGUGGAACUCUCUGGAACUGCAGGCCUAACUCCACCUACAACCCCUCCUCACAAAGCGAACCAAGACAACCCUUUUAGGACUUCACCAAAGCCAAAGUCGUCAUGCAAGACUGUGAUGCCACCUUUCAAAAAACCCCGCUGCAAUGAGUCUUCCAGCUCUCAAGGACAUAACUUAGGUCGGAAGGGUCCAGAGCAGUCAGAGCUGUAUGCACAGCUUAGCAAGACGACUGUGCUGUCUGUCAGUAACGAGGAGAGGAAGACAAAGCGGCCUGGUUUGCGGCUAUUUGGUGACCAUGACUACUGUCAAUCUGCUAAUUCAAAAACAGGAAUAUGCACCAACCUAUCCCAGGAACCUCAGGAUUCCAGACAAGUAGAUUUAAAAGGUUGGUUGCCUGGGCAGUGGUGUCAUAUUUGUUCUUCUUUUGAACAACACAACCAGUACGACAAGAGAGAGACUUCACAGGCAAGCAAGCAGGAUUUGCAAUGCAACAGCAGGAAACAGCUCCAAGACCAAGAAAUCCGGGCUGAACUCAACAAGCACUUUGGUCACCCUAGCCAAGCUGUUUUUGAGGAAAAGACCACUAAGAUCAGUGAACUGAGGGACAACAGUAAUUACAGUGAUGAACAAUUCUCCAAGCUACCUAUGUUUAUAAAUUCCGGACUAGCAAUGGAUGGUCUUUUUGAUGAUAGUGAAGAUGAAAAUGACAAACUAUGCUGCUCGUGGGAUGGAAUGCAAACCUACUCAUUGUUUGACCUGUCGCCAUCUUGCACAUCCCUUAACUCUCCAUGCAGAGAUUCAGUGGAUUCACCCAAAUCCCUGCUUUCUCAAAGAUUCCAAAGGAUACGCUCACGAUCAAGAUCCUUCCCUCAGCAUAGGUCUUGUUCCCGUUCUCCAUAUUCCCGAUCAAGAUCAAGGUCACCAUGCAGUAGAUCCUCCUCAGGAUCUUAUUAUUAUUAUGAGUCCAGUCAUUGUAGAACCCAGGCAUAUAGAAGUUCCCCCUUGUAUUCAAGAUCACGAUCCAGAUCACCAUAUAGCCAUAGACCCAGAUAUGACAGCUAUGAGGAAUAUCAGCAUGAAAGGCUGAAGAGGGAAGAAUACCGCAAAGAAUAUGAAAAACGGGAAUCUGAAAGGGCGAGACAAAGAGAGAGACAGAGGCAGAAAGCAAUUGUAAGCGCUAUGCAGAUAACUUUCAUUUUGGAAGAGAUUUGUUUUUCUUUUGCAGAUUAUAUAUGAAUAUAUGUGUGUUUUUAAAAAAUGCAAGGCUUCUUUUUUAUCAUUUUCUCCUUUCAAACAGAACAAACAGAAUGCAUACACUAAUCUAUGAACAUGCAUUUCUCAAUAAUUGUGAUCUCUUAUGCUCCAGUGUACUUUCAUUUCAAUGCUCACUUUGC